UUCUAAUGUUUAAUUAUUUUAUUUUCGAAUGUAAUGCCUAGAAGUAGAAAAAUCGUAAAUAUAUUAUGUUAAACUUAUCUUUUCCUAUUUUAAUUCAUUUCUAAAGACCUCACCCCCUUCGUUUCUCCCCUUGAGAGUGCACAAGGUCCGUCCCAGGGUAAUAGGGAUUAAUUUCUUUGACCCGAAAUAGGACCUGCGAUCGCACCGCUCCCGGAAAGAGUCAUAGUGUCCUCACGGACAUUGACCUUUUCGGAGCCUUAGAAAAGUGCGUUCGGCUCGCUUCCACGCACCUCCGAGCGUGUUAGCGAGAAAAUAAAAUUGCUAGUUGCGUCAUUCCAUACCUCCUCGUCUGGAAGCCCUAUCCUUCGGCUCCCGUUAAUCUCUAUUUCCCAUAUCUCCACUUUCCAAGAGGUUUUGACGUAACACUUUCCUCAAUACAAAACAAUCCUUAAAGGCGACCCACGUAGAUUCGCCUACAAAAUCCGUCAACUACUUGGAGACGGAUUCCCCAUCGAACUUCCUAAAAAUUUUCCUAUCCUCCCUCCCUCCAACACCACAUAAAUCUCACACAAUCGAUCUCCGUCCCGGGUAAAGCGCUUAAAUGCGUUGACCCAAAAAGGAGAACCUUAAUAGGAAAAAUUAAAGGAACCUCAACAAAAACGUAACAGUUUAUAGAAAUGUUUUCCGUUUCUUUGAAUAUGUGUUUUCAGUAACACUACCUGACAUUUUGCAAAAUGUUAGAAAUAUGUUUUCAUAUAUAUGGUUCUGUUUCUUUAAAAACAUAUGUAUUUUUUGUAAUACAGCGACUGAUGUUCUGCAAAAUAAUUUUUUCUUAUGUACUUUUAGGUUAUAAAGGUACAUAUGUUUAUAUGAAGUAUUAAGUAUUAUAAAUACUUAAUGUAUAUAUAGAUAUUAUAUGUAUGUAUAUUAUAUUACUUGGUCUGUCGCGGUCUGCAGUGCAUCGUAUUUUACGUACGAAUGAUUUGCAUCCGUAUCAUUACAAUUAUAAAAAUAUAUUUUAAAAAACUGUGAUUAUAUGUAAAACUGGCUUUAUUUUUCAGGAUCAGCUGUAUUGGACAUUGCGACUCUACACAAUUGACACAAGUUUUUUGAUUCGCUUUAUGGAUGACUCGAAAUGUCGCAGUACAGUGUACAUGCAGGACCAUUGAGACGUACAACCUGAAUGUCUCUUACGAAAAACAGGAGAAAAAGAGGAGCCGUCCCAGAUCGAGGUCGAGGAGUCGUCAUAAGAAGAGCAGGAACGAGGAAAAACUCGAAAAAUUGCAAGAAAGAUUAGAUAACCUUACAAAGGUGGUAGAGACACUAGUCGUCGUUCAAGGGGCACAGGCCCUACCCAACGCAGAUUCACGGACCGAGGCGGUUGGAACUGAGGACAAGGAGAAUCAGUCACCAAGUGUAGCUAAGACGCCAGAUAUUAAUGAGGUUCAGGUGGUCAAAGAGGUUAUAAACUCGGAUCACACCCCAGAACAAGCAACAAAUAAUGAAGCCUUGAAAGUACUCGGAGCGGACCCCAGCGAUUUAAAAUUCAAAAAGAUUAGUUUCCAUCCGGAACUAAAAAACACAUGGAAAAAAAAGGGGGAGUGUUAAAGAGUGUAAACACUCUCCGGGCCGACCGAUAGUCACAUAGUCAGUUUAACAUUUACAUUAUUUGCCCUGGAAAUAAAUCAAAUUCUCGUAUUUUGGUAAUAAAGGAACGCAUGGGAUAAUAAA